AUGAGUCCCACUUGUGGAAGUGCCCUUCCUGGGGCUGGGAGCAGCAGAACCACAACAGCAGAGACCCCACAGCUCCGCCUGGUGGACGGGGACAGUCGCUGUGCAGGCAGAGUGGAGAUCCUUCACCAGCAUUCCUGGGGAACUGUCUGUCAUCACAGGUGGGACCUGAGGGAGGUCCAUGUGGUGUGCAGACAGCUGGGCUGUGGAGUGGCCCUUAAUGCCGUUUGCUGUGCACAGUUUGGGAUGGGAUCAGGACCCAUUUGGUUGGACGAGCUGAAAUGCACAGGAAAGGAAGACCAAGUGUGGAAGUGCCGUUCUCUGGGCUGGGGACAGCAUAACUGUAAUCACUACUGGGACGCAGGUGUCAUCUGCUCAGGAUUUGUGCAUCUGGUUGGAGGACAUGGACCCUGCUCUGGGCGAGUGGAAGUGAAUUCUGGAGGAGAGUGGAUUCCAGUAUCUGAUGGGAACUUCACCUUCCCCACGGCCCAGGUCAUCUGUGCAGAGGUGGGGUGUGGCAAAGCAGCAUCUGUCCUGGGCAAACUGCCCUUCAGAGAGGACAGUGAACAGGUCUGGGCUGAAGAGUUCCAGUGUGAGGGACACGAACCUGGGCUCUGGUUCUGCCCCAGAAGGGCCUGUCCUGGAGGCAGCUGUCAACACAGUGGGGCUGUGCAAGUUGUCUGCUCAGAGUACACAGAAGUCAGGCUCACGAAAAAUGGCAGCUCUCAGUGUGAGGGUCAAGUAGAGAUGAAGACUUCUGGAGGCUGGAGAACACUCUGUGCCUCCCACUGGAAUAUGGCCAAUGCCAAUGUUGUUUGCCGUCAGCUGGGUUGUGGGGUCGCCCUCUCCACCCCAAAAGGAGCAUACUUUGUGGAAGGAGAUGAUGAGAUCUGGAGAGACCGAUUUCACUGCUCUGGGUCUGAGUCCUUCUUGUGGAAUUGUCCUGUGACUGCCCUGGGUGUUCCUGCCUGUUCCCAUGGAAACACAGCCUCUGUGGUGUGCUCAGGAAGCCAGACCCAGCUGCUGCCCCAGUGUAACGACUCCUGGUCUGACCUAGCAGGAUCUGCAGCCUCAGAGGGACACACUGCCAACUGCUCAGACAGCAGAGAGCUCCGCCUGGUGGAUGGUGGUGGUCGCUGUGCAGGGAGAGUGGAGAUCCUGCAGCAGGGCUCCUGGGGCUCCAUCUGUGAUGACAACUGGGACCUGAGUGACGCCCACGUGGUGUGCAGACAGCUGGGCUGUGGAGUGGCCCUGGAGGCCACCAUCUCUGCUCACUUUGGAGAGGGGUCAGGGCCCAUCUGGCUGGAUGAGCUGAACUGCACAGGAGAGGAGGCCCACGUGUGGCAGUGCCCUUCCCUGGGCUGGGGGCAGCACAACUGCAGGCACAAGGAGGACGCUGGUGUCAUCUGCUCAGAGUUCCUGGCCCUCAGGAUGGUGAGUGAGGAGCAGAAGUGCACUGGGUGGCUGGAGGUUUUCUACAACUACACCUGGGGCAGUGUCUGCCACAGCCCCAUGGAAGCCAUGACCUUGUCCUUGAUCUGUAGACAGCUUGGCUGUGGGGACAGUGGGACUCUGAACUUCUUGGUUCCUCCAAGGGAAGGUUCUAGACCCAGAUGGGUAGAUGGAAUCCGCUGUCGGAGAAUGGAUGCCUCUCUCUGGCAGUGUCCUUCAGACCCGUGGAAACAAAGAUCUUGCUCUUCAAAGGAGGAAGCUCAUAUCACAUGUGCAGAGACCCCACAGCUCCGCCUAGUGGAUGGGGGCAGUCGCUGUGCAGGCAGAGUGGAGAUCCUUCACCAGCAUUCCUGGGGAACUGUCUGUCAUGACAACUGGGACCUGAGUGAUGCCCAUGUGGUGUGCAGACAGCUGGGCUGUGGAGUGGCCUUCGAUGUGAUAUACUAUGCACAGUUUGGGAAGGGAUCAGGACCCAUCUGGCUGGAUGAGCUGAAAUGCACAGGAGAAGAGGACCAACUGUGGAAGUGCCCUUCUCUGGGCUGGGGACGGCACAACUGUUGGCACUUGCAGGAUGCAGGUGUCAUCUGCUCAGGAUUUGUGCGUUUGGAUGGAGGAGGUGGACCUUGCUCUGGGCGAGUGGAAGUAAAUUCUGGAGGAGGAUGGACUCCAGUAUCUGAUGGGAAUUUCACCUUCCCCACCGCCCAGGUCAUCUGUGCAGAGCUGGGGUGUGGCAAGGCAGUAUCGGUCCUGGGGAGCUUGCCCCUCAGAGAGGCCAGUGAACAGGUCUGGGCUGAAGAGUUCCAGUGUAAGGGAUGGGAGCAGGAGCUCUGGUUCUGCCCCAGAAGGGCCUGUCCUGGAGGCAGCUGUCAACACAGUGGGGCUGUGCAAGUUGUCUGCUCAGAGUACACAGAGGUCAGGCUCACGAAAAAUGGCAGCUCUCAGUGUGAGGGUCAAGUGGAGAUGAAGACCUCUGAAGGCUGGAGAACACUCUGUGCCUCCCACUGGAAUAUGGCCAACGCCAAUGUUGUUUGCCGUCAGCUGGGCUGCGGGGUUGCCCUCUCCACCCCAAAAGAGCUUACUGUGGAAGGACAUGAUGAGAUCUGGAGAGACCGAUUUCACUGCUCCGGGUCUGAGUCCUUCUUGUGGAAUUGCCCUGUGACUGCCCUGGGUGUUCCCGCCUGUGCCCAUGGAAACACAGCCUCUGUGGUGUGCUCAGGAAACCUGACCCAGCUGCUGCCCCAGUGCAACGACUGCUGGUCUGACCUAGCAGGCUCUGCAGCCUCAGAGGGACACACUACCAACUGCUCAGACAGCAGAGAGCUCCGCCUGGUGGAUGGUGAUGGUCGCUGUGCAGGGAGAGUGGAGAUCCUGCGGCAGGGCUCCUGGGGCUCCAUCUGUGAUGACAGCUGGGACCUGAGUGAUGCCCACGUGGUGUGCAGGCAGCUGGACUGUGGAAUGGCCCUGGAGGCCACCAUCUCUGCUCACUUUGGAGAGGGGUCAGGGCCCAUCUGGCUGGAUGAGCUGAACUGCACAGGAGAGGAGGCCCACGUGUGGCAGUGCCCUUCCCAGGGCUGGGGGCAGCACAACUGCAGGCACAAGGAGGACGCUGGUGUCAUCUGCUCAGAGUUCCUGGCCCUCAGGAUGGUGAGCGAGGACCAGGAGUGUGCUGGGUGGCUGGAAGUUUUCUACAACAACACCUGGGGCAGUGUCUGCCACAGCCCCAUGGAAGCCGUGACCUUGUCUGUGAUCUGCAGACAGCUUGGCUGUGGGGACAGUGGGACUCUCAACUCUUCUGUUCCUCACAGGGAAGGUUCUAGACCCCGCUGGGUGGAUAAUAUCCGGUGUAGGAAAACGGAUACCUCUCUCUGGCAGUGUCCUUCUGACCCUUGGAAACAGAGAUCUUGCUCUCCAAAGGAGGAAGCUUACAUCAUGUGUUCAGGAAAGAGACCCAAGUGUCCCACCACCGCCCCCUGCACAGACAGAGAGAAGCUCCGACUCAGGGGAGGAGACAGCCUGUGCUCAGGGCGCGUGGAGGUGUGGCACGGAGGCUCCUGGGGCACUGUGUGCGAUGACUCCUGGAGCCUGGCAGAGGCUGAGGUGGUGUGUCAGCAGCUGGGCUGUGGCUCCGCCCUGGAAGCCCCAGGGGAGGCUGCGUUCGGCCCUGGAAAUGGAAGCAUCUGGCUGGACGAGGUGCAGUGCAGGGGCAGGGAGUCCUCCCUGUGGGCCUGUGCUGCUGCGCCCUGGGGGCAGAGCGACUGCAAGCAUGAGGAGGAUGCUGGUGUGAGGUGCUCUGGUAAAAGGACAGCAAUUCCCCCCACCCCUAGAAGCACCAGUUCAGCCUCAGUUGUCCCUGGUAUCUUCUCCUUACCUGGGAUCCUUUGCAUGAUCCUGGGAGCUCUUCUCUUUCUGAUCCUCAUCAUCCUGGGAACUCAGCUGCUCAGAAGGAGUUCAGAGCACCAAGCAUUAUCCUCUUUUGAAGGUGCUGUUGAAGAGGUCCUGUACCAGGAAAUAGAUUUCCCUGUAAAUCCAGAGAAGGAAAUUCUGCUGAACAGCCCAGGAACCCCAUCUGAUGGCUCAGCAACCAAGUUACCCUAUUAUACAGGGGACAGUGAGGAGAAUGGAGACCCUGAAUCUGCCCCAGAACCUAGAAAGCAGCAUGCAGAUGCCACAGGUAAUGGUUAUGAUGAUGUCGAAGAGUCACCUUUUUCUGCAAUUCCUUCUUCACCUGGAUUGAAGGAGAAGAAUUUUUUCCCAGAAGAGGGAGGUGGUGCCAGAUAUUCUCAGACAGGCAUCUCUCCUCAGUCUCCCAGUGAAUUUGACAGUUCUAACAAGGAAGAGUUAGCAUCCUCAUUGGUCCUGAGACAAGAAGAACCUGGUUAUGAUGAUAUUGAGCCUAUCCCCAUGUAGUGCUUUUUUUUUUUUUCUUUUCUUUUGAGCAACAAAGUCUGCAGACAACUCCUUAUGAUAUUGUUUUCUCAUGAAAAAGAGUUCUGUCUUCAUUACUGCAAAGUUUCUACUUGU